ACAGAUAGAUACAUCUCUCUGGAGGACAAUCAAUUCUUCCCCAAAAGAUCAUCGAAACCCUAAACGACGAGAAAUCGAUUUCUUAUCAAAGCUCCUUUUAAGCUGGUCGAUUCAAUUUGUAUAUAUUCUUUGUAUGACUAAUUCUUCACAGUCGCUGUACAAAUUCUUUGAUUUCUUAGGGUUUUUUUCAAUUUUUUUUGGUUAGAAAUUCUGAGGUUGGAUUUUGUGAGAGUUUGCUUGUUCAUAAUAGGAAGAUAGAGAGAUAUAUAGAUACAGCCACGGAUACAUACAGCAAAGGAGUUUUUUUGAGAGGAUUUUGUUGUUGUGUAUUGAAUUUUCCGUGGUUAGUUGGUUGGUUGGUUGGGUUUAUGGAGCUUGUUUGUUUGUAUGCGAUGGUGGUGGGUUAAUGUGAAUAAGCAUAGAGCAGAAGGCGACGACGGGGAUUGAUUGUGUAGGCGUAAUUCGAACACCGCUUCGGGCUUUGGUUUGUUGCGACUUGCAUGAUUUUGCAAAAUUUGCUGAUUUGUAAGCAGAGUAUGACGACACCUGUAAGGUGGUAGGGUUUGAUCUGAGCUGUGGCUAUUUAUUACUACCAUCUCAGCGCGCCUGUAUAUAAAUAAGGGUUGGAGGGUGAGGGUGGGGCGGUUCAUUUCGAGGUUGUUAUGUUCAUUAGAGGGGGAGAGGUGCGCAGCUCUUUGUGGUGGUUCCUUGUUUGGUUGUGUGAUGAGUAAUGAUGGUCAGAGAAGCGGUGGCGAUGGUGGAGCAGCUGCUGCGCCUGGUAGGGUUAGUAAUGGGAUUAUUCCGAGUUCCUUUAAGGCUAUUUCGAGUUACUUGAGGAUAGUUUCUUCUGGUGCCUCGAAUGUUGCCUCCACUGUUAGGUCUGCUGCUUCCGCAGCUUCUUCUGCUAUCGUGGAGAGGGAUGGUGAGGCCAGGCAUGAUCAGGUUUCUUGGGCUGGUUUUGACAGAUUAGAACUUGAAAGUGGUGCAACACGGCAAGUUCUUUUGCUGGGAUUCAAUUAUGGAUUUCAAGUCUGGGAUGUUGAAGAAGCAGAUAAUGUCUGUAACCUAGUCUCCAGGCAUGAUGGCCCAGUUUCAUUUCUGCAAAUGUUACCAAAACCGAUUGUAUCAAAUCAAUCUGCAGAUGAAUUUGCUGAAAGUCGCCCAUUGCUGAUUAUAUGUGCUGAUGGAUCCUUCAACGGGAGCACUAAUGCUCAGGAGGAUUCAGGUAUUCCUGGCAUCGGAUCCGUCCAACAACGCCUUGGUACAAUUCACGGUAGCUGUGUGCCCACAGUAGUCUGGUUUUACUCCUUGAGAUCUCAUACAUAUGUACACCUUUUAAGAUUUCGAUCGGUUGUCCAUUUAGUUCGAUGCAGCUCUCGAGUUAUAGCAAUUUUACAGUCUGCUCAGAUACAUUGUCUCAAUCCUUCAACUCUGGCGAAAGAGUAUACGAUCCUUACAAAUCCAGUACCCGGUGGAUGUUAUGGAUCUGGAGACACUGGGCUGGGACCCCUGGCUGUGGGUCCCCGUUGGAUAGCAUAUAGUGGGGGUCAAGUUGCAGUUUCGAAUUCUGGCCGUCUUAUUCCGCAACAUCUUACCUCUUCGCCAAGCUUCCCUUCUCAAGGUUCAAAUGGAAGCCUUGUCGCCCAUUAUGCAAAAGAGUCAAGCAAGCAGCUUGCUGCUGGUAUAGUUACUUUAGGAGAAAUAGGGUAUAAGAAGCUAUCAAGGUACUAUUCUGAGCGGUUGCCUGAAGGCAGAAAGAUUCUGCCUGGAACGGCUUAUGCGACGGGGAAUGGUAUUGCUAAUGGUCAUUCAUCAGAUUCUGACAGUGUUGGCAUGGUCAUUGUGAGAGACAUUGUAAGCAGAAAUGUGCUUGCGCAGUUUAAGGCACAUAAAAGUCCCAUUUCAUCACUGUGCUUCGAUCCCAGUGGUCUUCUCUUAGUUACUGCAUCAGUGCAGGGAAGCAACAUAAAUGUGUUCUGCAUAAUGCGUGGAGUUUUCGGAGACUCUGAAGCUUCUGCUUCGGGACCUCCCUAUGUUCAUCUAUACCGAUUGCAGCGGGGUUUAACAAAUGCUGUUAUACGGGACAUAAGUUUUAGCAGCGACAGUGAAUGGGUUAUGGUCAGUUCUUCAAGGGGAACGACUCAUCUUUUUGCUAUUUCGCCAUCAGGUGGAUCAGUUAAUUUUCAGUCCAGUGAUGUGACAUCCCAUCCAAGAAACAGUCGACUUAGCUCGAUGGCAAAGCCAGCAGUUCCUAGGUCUUCAAAUUCUGGAAUACAGGUGCUGUCGCGACAGAGUAUCUGUUUAUCUGGUCCACCGGUUACCCUUUCCCCGGUUAGGCGAAUACGAAAUGGAAGUAAUGGUUGGAUAAACACUGUGAGUGGUGCUGCAGCUGCAACUGGGCUGCUCAAUCCUUUAUCCGGUGCAAUUGCAUCUGCUUUUCACAAAUGCAAGGAUAAUGAAGCGUAUGGUGAUUCAAGCUCUAUGAAAAUAAACCACCACCUGCUCGUUUUCUCUCCUGCUGGCUUUGUGAUGCAGUAUGCAUUGCAUACUGCUCCUGCCUUCAAUGGUUCGACCCCAUCACCUGUCCGGAGUAUUAAUAACGAAUCCAAUCUUGACUGUGAUGUAAUUGUCGAGGCAAUCCAAAAGUGGAAUGUGUGUCAGAAGCAAAACUGCCGCGAUCGAAGAGAUAAUAUUGAUGUGUUUGGAGUGGACGGGAAUAUGAAUCCUGAAAGAAUGAGAGGACACGACACAAUUUCUGAUUCUUUUGGCACAGUCAAUAAGGAAAAGAUAACUACCGAAGAAAAGCUCCAUAUGUACAUAUCUGAAGCAGAGAUUCAAAUGCACGAUAAUGAAAAUCCAUUGUGGACGAGGCCUGAGAUAUAUUUUCAGCCUAUGCUGGCCAAUGAGUUCAAUAUAGACGAUGAAUGCACUCAUGGGGGAGAGUUUGAGAUCGAAAGUGUUCCCACUCGUAUCCUUGAGGCACGAUCAAAGAACUUGGUUCCAGUAUUUGAUUAUCUUCAGACUCCAAAGUUACAGACAGGGAGGAUUUCUGUUAUAGAUCAGCUGCAUGGGUCCGAGGACAGCAAAGUUGCCUGCGGGACUGGUUCUCUUUCUCUUGACUCCUUCGCGAAUUUCAGCAUUAUGGAGAAUGAACGGGAUAGCAGCCAUGAAAAAACCGGGCAGGAUGGUGUUGAGUUUGCCGAAACCAGCAGGGGUCCUGUAAAUACGAGCCUCUCCCCAACGGUGUGUGCUCAGUCUGCGACUGUAAAUACUAGAGGUGACUCUGCGGGGGAGACUCAAGAUAGUUGUGUAAAUAAUAGAGAUGUCUUGAAAACGGAGAAUUGGCUCACAAAGAGUGAUGACGACGACGGAUCCGACGACUAAAAAGGGGUAAAUUUCCUGUUAGAUUUGGGCUGACCAUGGUUUGUGUUCGUUCUAAACAGCAUGGAAUGAAUGAUGUGUUUGGUUUUUUUAAAACUGUUGGGAUGCCGAAUAGGGGAAAAAAGGAUGAAAUUAUUAUCAUUAUUAUGAUUAUUAUUAUGUGCCUUCUUUGUCUUUCCCUUUGUGGUUGUAUUAUUGCAACAAAGCUGCUUGUCAUACUCUUGACUGAUUAUCAAUAAAUCUUUGUUUGGACAUUUAUUUUA